AUGGACGACCUCGCGACAACCACUGCGCGAAUGAACUUGGCCUGUCAUCCGGGCUGUCCCUUUAAAGGUCACCCCGAGUUGAAAGAAGUUCGAGUACCACUCUGCGAUGGUGCACCCCUACCCGACCAGUGCGAGCAGGCAGCUGAGUUAUACACGCCCAUCCAUGAAUGGCAGACGAGGAUUCUAGUCCUCAAGCCCGGCUUACCUGGAGAUGUGUUGCAAGCCGAUCUCGAGGUGGCAGAUCUGCUUCACGCUGCCGGCGUAGUACUGCACCACAGGCAGCGAAGGACAGAAUACGAAGCCCUCUCCUACGCUUGGGGCGAGCCUGUAUAUUCGCACUCGUUAGUUGUCGACGACACGGUGUAUCCGAUUACAGAGACUCUGUACUGGGCUCUGCAGCACCUGCGUGAUAAGAAGACGUCUCGCUACCUGUGGAUCGACGCUAUCUGCAUUGAUCAAUACGAUCUUGCAGAGAGGUCGUUGCAGGUCGGCAACAUGCUGGUCAUCUACAAAAAGGCGCAUAGGGUCGUCGUCUGGCUGGGAGUGAUUGGGACAUCUAGCGACGACAUCUGCUUGACGUACCUCUCUUCACACUUGCCUGUUAGGAGGGAAGAGACGCCUCAUCUUCCACAGCGCGAGGCGCGACGUCUCGCUUCAGACGCUUGUCCACGGCACUACGGCGCCUUGGUCAAAGGGUUGGCUAGUCUGCUCAGCCGACAAUGGUUCAACCGGCUCUGGGUAAGACAAGAGGAUUACGCGGCUCAAGAUCUGCUCAUCAUGUGUGGGCAUCGUCUGGUCGACAGGGACGAGCUAUCGUAUGCCAGCCACCUUUUACGUACGGUGGCGGGUGAGGACAGGGCCUUUGAAUCCGCUGCGGCGAAUGUCAUAACACCCGUUGAUCUAAAGAAGCUAUUGGACAUUGGCGGAUGUAUCCGCGAUGCCCGAACAUCGGCUGCGGAGCUGUCCCGCGGCAAGCUGUUGUUAACGACGCUGGAUACAGCAGGGCGAUGUGCUUGCAGCAAUGCUCGCGAUCGUAUCUAUGGGAUGCUAGGGAUGGCUUUCGACGAUAUCAAGGGGCUCGCAGUCGAUCCCGAACCACCGGACGGCGGCGGUGGCGCCCCCGCCAUCGACUAUAGCAGAUCUGUCUGUCAAGUCUUUGCAGAUGCGGCGCGCUGGAUCAUGGAGACCGACAGGUCGGCAGCGCUCCUGUGUAGCCGGGCCACUUUCGGUGGGUUCGUCGAUGGCGAAACCCUGCCAUCGUGGUGCCCGGACUGGCGCCAGGUCUUCUCCGUGUCCGAUUACAGACCAUGGACCAAUGGCAUAUUUGCCCAUCGCACGGAACACCUGUUUCUCUGA